CCUCUCUCUCCCCGGUUGUCGUCGAGGGCGUGCGGCCUGGUGAAAAUGAUGGCUGUGGGAUCCCUGGACGAAGAGAUAUUAUCACCUGAUUUUGUGGAUCAUACGAGAAGAAUGUGUGGUCCUUAUUUCAACUUCGUUUCAACUCCUCACAAAAACAGCACAGAUGCUGUCCUACACUUCAAGAUAUUGGUGCCAAGUGCAGCUGCUGGUGCUAUUAUUGGCAAAGGGGGCGAAACAAUUGCCCAGCUUCAAAAAGAAGCUGGUGCUAGAGUCAAAAUGUCCAAAGCCAAUGAUUUCUACCCUGGAACCACUGAGCGUGUCUGCCUCAUCACUGGCUCCCCUGAGGCAAUUCUGCAGGUGCUGCAGUUCAUCCAGGAGAAAAUCAGAGAGAAACCAGAUCCCAAUGGAAAGCCAGCCAUUGACUUUGAUAAUAAGAUGAUGGCAGAGAGAGACAAGCAGGUAAAGAUUCUGGUGCCAAACAGUACUGCCGGUAUGGUGAUCGGCAAGGGCGGCAACUACAUCAAGCAGAUCAAGGAGGAGACGGGCGCCUACGUGCAGAUCUCGCAGAAGGCCAAGGACCAGACCCUGGCCGAGCGGUGCAUCACGGUUAUCGGUGAGCGCGAGGUCUCCCAGGCGGCCUGUAUGAUGAUCCUGAUGAAGGUGAGCGAGGACCCGCAGUCGGGUAGCUGCCUGAACGUCAGCUAUGCAGACGUCAGCGGGCCGGUGGCCAACUUCAACCCGACCGGCUCGCCGUUCGCCGUCAGCAGCUCCGGAUCGCCCAGCGGACAGAGCAACGGCAACGUCGACUACGAGAACUUCGUGGCCAACCCGACGGUGCUGGCCAACGGUCUUCAGCUGGAACUGCACCCGCUGCCGCACAACGGGACGGGACACCACCUGACGCCGCAGACGCUCGAUCACAUCCACAAUACGCUCCGGAGCAGCGGCUACCCCGAACAGGCCGCUAACGAGAUAACGACUGCGAUCGAUACGCUGGCCAUGUACGGUAUUCUGGGCAUCAGCGUGCCGGGCUCUCCGAUUUCGCCGGGCCAGAGCUCGCUGCCCGUCUCUGGAAGCUAUCCGCACCCCUCGAACGCGCUGAUGGCCGGCCUCAAUGUCUCCACCAGUGAGUCUUUGAACGGCAACUCCUCGCUGUACAGCCCGCUCUCGCCGAUGGUGGCUCUGCCGUCGUCGGGCUCUCAGGGCGGCCCGCCCGGCUCGCCCGGCCGCAAACAGGACCCGUUCACGUCCACGGCGGCCGAGGCGUACGACCCGUUCCGCGGUCCGGCCGCACUCAGCCCACUGCCCGUCAAUAACAACUCGUACGGGCUGGGUACGCAGUCGGGUGGCCUGGCCGGCCUGAGUAAGAGCCCGCCGCCGCCGGGCGUGCUGCAGUCGGCCAUCAUCAAACAGGCCGAGACGCCCGACGGACAGCACAAGGUCGACCUGGAGGUGGGCGAGUACAUUAUCGGCGCCAUCCUGGGUCCGGCCGGACGCAACCUGCUCGAGAUCCAGCACCUGAGCGGUGCCACCAUCCAGAUCUCCAAGAAAGGCAUGUUCCGGCCGGGCACGCGCAACCGGAUCGUGACGCUGCUGGGCUCGGCGCAGGCCAUCAGCACCGCCCAGUACCUGGUCGAGCAGAAGAUCAGCGAGGAGGAGGCCAAACGGGCGCGCCAAACGGCGCUGGUGGGCACGCCGCACUAGCGGCCGCCGCCGCCCGCCCCGCCCCGCCGCGCGGCGCCCGCCCGCCCGCUUUACACUCUCAUCUGGCGGGCCGCCGCGCGCGCCGGCGGCGUCGCCUCAUGCGCUGCGCAGCUGCCGGCUCGCCCUGCCGCGCCGGCGCGCCGGCCGGCCGGCCGGGCGGCCGCACGGGAGCAUCCUGGGAGCGCCAUCAUGUUAUCGCUCGCCACCCGCGCCCCGGCCGAGCCGGUCCCGACACACAUACACACAUAGACACACACAGAGGAGCGCGACGCGCCAUAGCCGGAGCAGAGGGAGAGAGAGAGCGAGAGAGCGACCGGCGCCACGUCACGUGUUUGUGUUCCGUCUUCAUUUAGGGUAGUUAAGCUAACGUUCAGAAGCGUUUAACUGUUGCUCGUUGCGUGCAUUCUCACUACACAUACAUGCAUACACAUACCAGCAUUACAUACAUACGCGUAUAUAUGUAGGUGUUUAACUGGAAUAGCGCUAACUAUGGGCUAUGAGGUGCUGUGGUGGGAGUGGUCUGCCCCUCACUGGUGCUGGGUCAGAUCCGGGCAGGAACGCGCCGCCGCCGCGGCCCGGCCGGCCCGCCGCGCGCACCGCGCCGCCCGGCCGGCCGGCCCGCGGCCGCCGCUCGCCGUAGGCCGGCCCCCUAGUCAUGGGUCGGCGGUCGCUCACGGGCUGCCCGUCCGCCGGCGCGUCGCGCGCCGCGCGCCGGCUCAUCUUCAGUCGCUUUCUCACUCGGUCAUUCAUUCUGGGAGUGCGCGCGCGCGCAGUACCAUGGCUCACUCAUUACCAAACGUCUCAGGAACGGGUCGGCGCGCGCGCCGCCGCCGCCGCCGUCGCCACCGCUCUCUCAUCUUCACCAUCUGGAGUGCCGCCGCUGCCGUCGCGACGGACGCCUCUCCGCUGUAACCGCCCGACCUAGCCGCGCGCGCUGCCCGCUCCCUUCCCGCGCGCCGUGCAUGCCCUGGCGAAUGGUGGAGCGCCGCCGCCGCCGCCGCCGCCGCCCCCGCCGCGCCGAGAGCUAUGCAUAAUGGUUUGAGUUGGUGUGUGGUAGGGAGGGAGGGAGGGACUGGGGGAGUGGGGAGGGAGGGUCUGUCUGUCCCAGUGCCUGAAUCAUGGUUGGCAGUAGAGACUGCAGAUAUCGUUACUAUCGGGACUUGAUUGUCGCCACAUCCCUGCCGCCGGCGUGCCGCCCAAACUUAUCUCUUCAUUUUCAAGCCAUGGGGUUUGUUGCAAUACGUGUAGUCUAGCAUCGCCGCGUGAAAAUGAAGGGUCUCGUCCCGCGUUUUACCAUAGAGAUCGUGUAUUACUGGAGCUUAGCCGGUCUUGCGAGGCCGCGGCAGUCUGGUGGAUCAAUUUGAGCUGCUUUGCUCACUGAUGAACUCGUAUUUUGUAACUUGUCAAUGAACUAUAGUCUAGAGAUUUAUUAUUGAUUGACCUCGGUCGUCCAAGUUCAUUUCUUUUCGUUGAAAGAAGUGCAUUUUUUAGUUUUUAAGCCUUAUGACUUUUCGACUUUCAAUUGUGUAAAGUUGACUAUGAAGAGGCAGUUUCUUUAACGAGUUCUAGCAGUUUGAAAGCGGUGCUAAACGGAUCCACCGAAGUUCUGCUCAAACCUCCUUUCACCAUAUCUGCGCGAAUGCAGCUGCCGAGGGCUGGCUGCUCCAGGCAUGCAUGAUCUCUAUGCGUUUUACGACCAAAACCAUUUUCAGGCGUGCCAGUCCCCCGUAAGUCAUUUCCGCAUCCAUCUCGUUUCAAGUUGUUGCGUUGUUUUUUAUGAUUAUUGUCGAUUUCCUGGUCGGCGUACAGAUGUUAACUGCGCAUGCGCUUGCGCACGCGCAGCGGCGACCCCUGUGCUCGGAAGGCCGCGCGCGCGCGCCCGUAUGCAAGUGGCCGGCCGCCGCUGCCCUGGGCGACAUCACGUGACCGGCCGGCUGUGAUGCGCCGGCCUCCUGGCUGUGGCCACGUGACUGGUGCGGCGCCGUCCUCGUGACUACAGCUACCUUCGGUGCGCGGCUCGGUAGGAUGUCUAUCAUGUGUUGUAUACCAUUCAUUAUUUACAUGGUGUAAGCGAAACUACAACGCACCGAAUAAAGGGCUAUCUUCCAGCUGUAUCA